AUGCCCCCACGGAAAAAACUCAACCGCAACAAUCCACCUCCUGAGGGAAGCGCUUCGCCCCCAGCUGGCCAUCGAACAAAGCGCCGAAAGAGAACCGACUCGCCAGCAGGCAACGCCCAGAGAGCAUGGCCCCCAUUCUUCCAGCAGCUGCAACCGGUCUAUCAAGCCCUCAACACCGUCUUCACCUUUUGCUCCACCCGCAAACAUCUCCAUACGACCAUCGAAAACAUGAGGUCAAGCGUCGAAGGUCUCAUCAAGUGCCCACUGGAACUUGAAUCGGUCGCUCAGAUCAAAACUCUCCUACCCGACCUUAUCCGCUUCACCUAUGUGGAUAAAGACACGCUAGGCGCGCUCGACGAAAUCUCUGCACCGAGCAAACAGCAGCGUAACACCAAGAAUCUGAACAUCUAUGAUCCCCAACCUUCGCGAUCUGGCCACGCGAUUUCCGAGGAAGAAGCGGCACAGGUCCUGCUUUUCCAAUUCCUUGAUGGAGAGCUCAAGACGGCCCAAAAACAUGCGCGAAAGCUUCCGAGCCAGCACGCGCGUCUGAAGAGCCAAUCAGAUCCCUCAACCCGCCCCACCCAGGAUACCCUGACGGCACAAGACUUGCUCACGCCCAGCUACUCGCCUAAGAUGAUGAUCAAGAUGGUCGAGAAACGGAACCUCCAGUUCAAAGAAGCCGUCGAGGAGCUUCUGGAGGCCUGUGCAGCCGAAGAUCCGCCGGUCGAUCCGGCCCAGCUGCUGAUCGAAUGCGCCAUCUCAAACAAUCCGCUCAGGCGGGAGAGCACGGAAGCCGACCCAAACAUCUCCAAGCUCCCGCCCAACUUAGGAUCCUCCUCCUCUGAAGUACCGACGAUCGAGAGCGUGCUGGAGCAGCUCAAGGCCAGCCCGAAUUUCCGUGGCCAGAUUGUCGAGAACGGCGAAUAUGUGACACCCGCCCGUCAGGCGUGUUUCCAAGAUCUCGAACGCUCCCAGCUCUCUCCACAGAUCAUUGAGGCCUUACAGUCCACCAAGGGCAUUACCCGGCUGUACUCCCACCAGGCAAGGGCGAUCGACCUGCUCGCAGAGCGCUCGAAUGUCAUCGUCACCACCAGCACCUCGAGUGGGAAAUCAUUGAUAUACCAAAUCCCCAUGCUUCAGGCGCUCGAAAAGAGCCAUACCAACUGCGGCCUCUACAUCUUUCCUACCAAGGCAUUGGCACAGGACCAGAAACGCUCGCUCGAUCAGCUCAUCCUCAGUUACGGCCAGCCGCUCUCCCGACUCGUCCGGGUAGAGACCUACGAUGGAGAUACGCCCUCGGACGAUCGAGCAGGGAUCCGGAAGCAUGCCAACGUGAUCUUCACGAACCCGGACAUGCUCCAUUGGGCGAUCCUUCCGAACGAAGAACACUGGCGACGAUUCUUCCAGAACCUACGUUUUGUAGUCGUCGAUGAGCUGCACAUCUAUGCGGGAAUAUUCGGUGCGCAUGUGGCGAUGAUCAUGCGGCGAUUGAGACGGGUGUGUGAGGCGGUGGGGAACGAGGAGGUGCGGUUCAUCAGCUGCUCGGCCACGACGACCAAUCCGGAGGCGCAUAUGAAGAGCCUGUUUGGCUUCAAUCAGGUCUCGCUGGUCUCUGAGGACGGGGCGCCAUCGGGAGCCAAACGGCACGUGAUCUGGAACCCGCCGCUGGUCGAUAGUCGGGAUCCUGGCGCGGGCCGGGUGAGCGCGAUUGUCGAGACCUCGCGGGUGUUCCGGUUACUGCUCGAACGCGGCGUCCGGACGAUCGUCUUUUGUCGGAUUCGGAGGACGUGCGAGUUGUUGAUGAAGCAGGUCCAGGAGGAUCUCGUGGAGAGUGGACGGAGGGAGCUGAAGGGUCGGGUGCGUGCGUAUCGGGGCGGCUACACUGCCCAGGAGCGCCGCCUGAUCGAGUCGGAGAUGUUCAGCGGCGAGCUGCUUGGGAUCGUCGCCACGACAGCCCUGGAGCUGGGGAUCGAUAUCGGCGGAUUAGAUGCGGUGAUCAGUCUCGGCUUCCCCCAUUCGCUCUCGGGACUGAUCCAGCAAGCCGGCCGAGCGGGCCGACGAAGCAAGGAUUCGCUGGCGAUGUUGGUGCUCGAACAGCGUGGCUUGGACCAACACUUUGCGAACCACCCGGAGGAGCUCUUCGACGCCCAAGGCACCUCCGUCUCCCUCGACCUACACAACCCUCGCCUCCUGCUCGCCCAUCUCCACUGUGCCGCCUACGAGAUCCCCGUCGUGCCGGCCGAAGACACCAAGUUUUUCGGGCCCAAGUUGCCCGAUCUGUGUCUCGAACAUCUCGCCCGAGACGACCAGGGCUUCUUCCACACCCGCCAAUCCAACCCCUCCCAACUGGUUUCGAUCAGAGGCCUGAAUUCCAACACCGGCCUCGAUGGGAGCUCGGAGAGCUACACUAUCAUCGACAUUUCAGUUCCCAACCGUCCUAAAAUCCUCGAAGAGAUUGAGAGAGAUCGGGUACUCUUCGAGUGUUUCGAAGGUGCCAUCUUCUUGCAUCAAGGCUCUUCCCUCCUUGUCGUCGAUCUUAAUCAUCCCCUUCGCUCCAUCUCCGUCCGGGCCGCCGCUGUUCACUUCCUCACUCAACCUAUCGUCAACACCCUCAUCCUUCCUGACAAGGUCUUUCGAAACUUUCCCAUCCUUCCCGAUUCUUCUAACUUCGUAUUCUACGGAAACAUUCUAAUUACGACGAGGAUUACAGGUUACUUGAAGCUGGAUGCGAAGAACCGGGCGAAGGUUCUGGACCGGAUCGAGCUGCCGGCCGCUGUAGGAAACACAGGGGAGGAUGGGACGGUGACGAAUGUCUUGUCGACUAAGACUGUCGGGGUCUGGAUCGAUCUCCCCACCGCGAUCAUCCAGUCCUUGGUCUCCAUCUUUAAGCCUCCUCACUCCGCCUCCCUUCCCCAUCCUUCAGACGAAAGCAGCACAGACCUUCUGUUGCCCUCGUCCUACUAUCCCAAAAUCAACCUCGUCAUCCAUUUACUCGAACAUCUUAUCCUCUAUCUCAAAUUCAGCAGUAAUAAUAAGAAACUCUCAGAUCAAGAUCCGCAGGAUCCUAGUCAUAAGACGGAGUCAGCAAGAUUUCGGGGUCCUCAGCAGCCCCAUACCUUGAAAACCAGCUGCCCACUCUUCAAGUCUUCCUCGCCGAAAACCGACUCCCAGCGCGGAUUUCAUAACGGGGGACCAUGGGGAGAAACAGCAAGUCACGAAGAGAUCAAGCUGAUCGACCGACUCAUGAUCUACGAGGACCCGAAGAAAAACUUGGACCGAUCGAUCGUCAAUUGCUCAUACAAUGAUGUUGGCACCAGUGAUGAUGAUGUUUCUGGGUUGAAAGACUUGGCGACGAAUGUCGAAGAAGUCUUGACGCAGAUCUUAUCCUUCUUGGAGCAAUGUUCUUGCGUCCAUGGAUGUCUUUCUUGUAUUUUUAAGCCGAUUUGCCCUCAUCUUGUCUUCCCAGCCUCUAUCACCAAGGCCAAGAACAACACCCCGCAGAGCACCACAAAUCCGGACCAGGAUCCAUCCAAUGAUCAUGAUAAUCACAAUCAUUGUGGUGUUGAUGAUGAGUUGUAUCGUGGCGUUAAGUUUGGAGUGCUUGUCUUAGCUAAUGGGUUGCUGGAUAGAGUCUGGGUUCCUGAAGAAUGA